AUGGCUCCAGCUUUAGUGGAAGACCCCCUUCCAAUUCGGGAGUCCGCAGCUACAAAAUCCAAUAUCAAAGAGAACUUCAACAAGGAGUUCUUCAUCGGCGGAAAGGAAGCUUUCGAUAACAAGGCUGAGCUUGAGGGUACGGCAGCUCAACCUGCAGCUACAUACCCUAACUACCUCCCUGUUUGGGAUAAUGAGAAGGGCGUGAAAUACCCUCCCUGGACACCAUUUGAACAUUAUGAACAUGGCAAAGAUGCCGAUCCUUCAUUUAAAGACCUCCUGCCAGCAGACAAGGCUCAGGUUACUGAAAUCACACCAUAUAUUGGCUCCGAGGUCCGUGGCGUACAACUGAGCCAACUCACAAACACAGGCAAGGACCAACUUGCUCUGUUUGUCGCCCAACGCAAAGUCGUCGCUUUCCGUGACCAAGACUUUGCCAGUCUCCCUAUCGAUAAAGCUCUGGAAUUUGGCGGCUACUUUGGACGUCACCACAUCCACCCUACCUCCGGUGCCCCCAAAGGCUUCCCGGAAAUCCACCUUGUCCACCGCGGCGCGGACGACAAUUCCUUCUUACAGACAUUCUUGCACGAACACACAAAUUCCGUGACGUGGCACUCGGACGUCUCCUACGAGCGCCAGCCACCCGGUACCACUUUCUUGUAUCUGCUUGACGGUCCCACGAGCGGUGGUGACACCUUAUUCGCAAAUCUGGCAAAGGCAUAUGACCGUCUGUCGCCGGAGUUCAAGAAGAGACUCCAUGGACUCAAGGCUGUCCAUUCGGGCUUUGAGCAGGCGCAGAGUGCGUUAGCGAGGGAGAGUACGGUGCGAAGAGACCCGGUGAAGCAUGAGCAUCCGGUUGUGCGGACACAUCCAGUUACGGGCGAGAAGGCGAUUUAUGUUAAUCCUCAGUUUACCCGUUACAUUGUCGGCUACAAAAAAGAAGAAUCCGAUUAUCUACUCAAAUUCUUGUUUGAUCACAUCGCCUUGUCGCAGGAUCUUCAGACUCGCAUCAAAUGGGCUCCUGGCACAGUUGUGGUUUGGGACAACCGUGUAACUGCACAUUCGGCCUUGUAUGACUGGGAGAAUGGCCAGCGACGUCAUCUUGCGCGUAUAACUCCUCAGGCCGAGCCUCCUCGUGAGACGCCGUUUGAAGCUUAG